GUAAUUUACCACCCACCGGCCCCGGUCUGCCUCUCAUUUCCUCUUUCACUUGGUGCUGCUAAAACCCUAGCGGAUCCCUCAAAUCUCUGGCCUACUGUUCACGGGGAAAACUUUGCAAGAUGUCAGUGUAUGAGGAGAAUCGUUGCAUAAAGGAUAAUCAUCUUAGGUUGCUUGCUUCCAAAUUUGAAUUGAAACGAAAUCUUUUCAAAGCCCUUGUUAGAGAUCCUCAGCUUCCAAUUGAAGUACGUGAGAAAUUCCAAUAUAAGCUGUCCAAGUUGCCGAGAAACAGUUCUUUUACUCGAGUGAGAAAUAGGUGUAUUUUUACAGGUCGCCCUCGUGCUGUUUAUCAGUUAUUUCGAAUGUCUCGAAUUGUUUUCCGUGAAUUGGCAUCCCAAGGUAUGUUGAAUGGUGUAAAGAAAGCAUCUUGGUAACAUAUCAAUGUAAUAUUUGGGAAGGUUUACAGCCGGUGCUCAAGCAAGGAAUUAAUGGACAAUUGCCUUAUGUUGGAGUCAUAUGUGUAAUACAUGUGGUUUAAAGUUUCUGUUGAAAUUUUGUGACACUUUUGAAAUAGAAUAAUGAGGAGACGUUCUCGUAUACCUCUCAAAAGAAUUUGAGAUCAGUUUGUUCA